AAAUUCAGGGCGACACCCCUCAAAGGGGGUCUGUCCCGCACGGUGAGCUCUCCGGCCGCAUCGGCCCCAGCCGGCCCUCAGGACUCCAGGCGCCUCUGGUGCCUGCGCCCUAGGCGCCCUCCCGGGUCCCCGGAGACGGCCAGCCCGCCCCCGGCGCCCACCAUAGCCCGCGCGCCCCGGCUGGGCCAUGCCCGGGCUGCGCCGGGACCGCCUGCUGACCCUGCUGCUGCUGGGCGCGCUGUUCUCCGCCGACCUCUACUUCCACCUCUGGCCCCAAGUGCAGCGCCAGCUGCGGCCCCGGGGGCGCCCGCCCGGCUGCCCGUGCUCGGGUCGCGUCUCCUCCGCGGCGUCCGCCGCCUCCUCGAAUCCUGGCACCAUCGCGCACAACUUUUCCCAAGCCGGGCCCCGGGCUGAGCAGGACCGCGGCGGCCGCAGCAGCCCGCGCUCCAAGCUGCAGGCCCUCUUCGCCCACCCGCUGUACAAGGUCCUGGAGGAGCCGCCUCUCCUGGGUCCCGAAGACUCGCUCCUGGCCAGCCAGGAGGCGCUGCGGUAUUACCGGAGGAAGGUGGCCCGCUGGAACAGACGACACAAGAUUUACAGAGAGCAGUUGAACCUCACCUCCCUGGAGCCCCCGCUGCAGUUCCGAACCGAGGCCAGCUGGGUCCAGUUCCACCUGGGAAUCAACCGCCACGGACUGUACUCCAGGUCCAGUCCUUUCGUCAGCAAACUCCUGCACGACAUGAGGCACUUUCCCACCAUCAGUGCCGAUUACAGCCAGGACGAGAAAGCCUUGCUGGGGGCAUGCGACUGCACCCAGAUUGUGAAGCCCAGUGGCGUCCACCUGAAGCUGGUGCUGAGGUUCUCGGACUUCGGGAAGGCCAUGUUCAAACCCAUGAGACAGCAGCGAGAUGAGGAGACGCCCGCAGACUUCUUCUAUUUCAUUGACUUUCAGAGACACAACGCCGAGAUCGCAGCUUUCCACCUGGACAGGAUUCUGGACUUUCGACGAGUGCCGCCAACAGUGGGGAGGCUAGUGAAUGUCACCAAGGAAAUCCUUGAGGUCACCAAGAACGAAAUCCUGCAGAGCGUUUUCUUUGUCUCUCCAGCCAGCAACGUGUGCUUCUUCGCCAAGUGUCCGUACAUGUGCAAGACGGAGUACGCGGUCUGCGGCAACCCGCACCUGCUGGAGGGCUCCCUCUCUGCCUUCCUGCCGUCCCUCAACCUGGCCCCCAGGCUGUCGGUGCCCAACCCCUGGAUCCGCUCCUACACCCUGGCAGGAAAAGAGGAGUGGGAGCUCAAUCCCCUUUACUGUGACACUGUGAGACAGAUCUACCCGUACAACAGCAGCAACCGGCUCCUCAACAUCAUCGACAUGGCCAUCUUUGACUUCUUGAUCGGAAACAUGGACCGUCACCAUUAUGAGAUGUUCACCAAAUUCGGGGAGGAUGGCUUCCUUAUUCAUCUCGACAACGCCAGAGGGUUCGGACGACACUCCCAUGAUGAGAUCUCCAUCCUCUCGCCCCUCUCCCAGUGCUGCCUGAUCAAAAAGAAAACACUCUUGCAUCUGCAGCUGCUGGCCCAGGCCGACUACAGACUCAGCGAUGUGAUGCGGGAGUCUCUACUAGAAGACCAGCUGGCCCCCAUCCUCACCGAACCCCACCUCCUGGCCCUGGACCGCAGACUCCAAAUCAUCCUCAAGACAGUGGGGGACUGCAUAGAGGCCCAUGGAGAGCAGCGUGUCAUAGCCGAUGUCCCAGCACAGCCAUCAGCCCUAGACUCUGGCCAGGCUAACCUGAAAAGCUAAGGGCUGGAGAAGCACAUUUCAGAAAAUACAGCCGGAGCCAGCGGUGGGCUCUGGAGUGCAGACCACUGCGUCCUUACUUCCCUCUCCUCGUGCUGGAGGGCAAGUCUCAAGCUCAGGAAGAGGCAGGGCAUGUUCUAAAACAGCAAGAGGGAUCCACUGACCUGCUCUAUAAGGUCACUUUAAGAUCCCUUCUAUAGUGAAUCGCCUUGGCUCCAUCUUUCCCAGAAAUCUCUAGCUCCAUCAAGCUACAGACUAUCUCCCCAGUGCUCUGGGCAACCUGCAUAUGACUCAGAUCUGGAAGGUUUCUAGGCCCUGUUCCCAGGAAAGUUUUAACUGUACCAAGUCAAAUAAAAGGACAUCAAAGUGGA